AUGCGGGCAGGUGCCGCCGGCCGUGCCAUGGAUGGGCCGCGCCUGCUGCUGCUGCUGCUCCUAGGGGUGUCCCUCGGUGGUACCAAGGAGGCAUGCCCCACGGGCAUGUACACACACAGUGGUGAGUGCUGCAAAGCCUGCAACCUGGGCGAGGGCGUGGCCCAGCCCUGCGGAGUCAACCAGACCGUGUGCGAGCCCUGCCUGGACAGCGUGACCUUCUCGGACGUGGUGAGCGCCACGGAGUCGUGCAAGCCCUGCACGCAGUGCGUGGGCCUCCAGAGCAUGUCGGCGCCCUGCGUGGAGGUGCUGAAAGGGGAGGCCUUUGAAACCUCUUCAGCCGGAGCUGAGGAGGCCCAGCAGAGGUGGGAAGCACCAUCUCCAACUUGGGUGGGCAAGCUGGGGGCUGGGGAGCUCAGUGCCCUCUGCUUUACCUCCGUGGCAUGUCCUGUCUGCUCCCCCUCCCUGCCCCGGGUGUGGAAAGUGAGGAUAGAUGGGCUCGGCAGCCCUGCCCAGACAGAGAUUCCAGGUCGGUGGAUUACCCGGGCCACACCCCCUGAGGGCUCCGACAGCCCGGCCCCCAGCACCCAGGAGCCCGAAGGCCCUCCAGAGCUAGAGCUUGUCGCCAGCACUUUGGCAGGUGUGGUAACCACAGCCAUGGGCAGCUCCCAGCCCGUGGUGCCCCGAGGCAGCACCGACAACCUCAUCCCUGUCUACUGCUCCAUCCUGGCCGCUGUGGUGGUGGGCCUCGUGGCCUACAUCGCCUUCAAGAGGUGGAACAGCUGCAAGCAGAACAAGCAGGGAGCCAACAGCCGCCCCGUGAACCAGACGCCUCCGCCGCCGGAGGGCGAGAAACUGCACAGCGACAGCGGCAUCUCGGUGGACAGCCAGAGCCUGCACGACCAGCAGCCCCACACGCAGACAGCUGCAGGCCAGGCCCUCAGGGGUGAUGGAGGCCUCUACAGCAGCCUGCCCCCGGCCAAGCGAGAGGAGGUGGAGAAGCUGCUCAACGGCUCCGCGGGGGACACCUGGAGACACCUGGCGGGCGAGCUGGGCUACCAGCCGGAGCACAUAGACUCCUUCACCCACGAGGCCUGCCCUGCCCGCGCCCUGCUGGCCAGCUGGGCCGCCCAGGACAGCGCCACGCUCGACGCCCUCCUGGCCGCCCUGCGCCGCAUCCAGCGAUCCGACAUCGUCGAGAGCCUGUGCAGCGAGUCCACAGCCACGUCCCCCGUGUGAGCUGACGGGGGCCCCCAUCCUGUCCCCACAUUCCCAGGACCGAUGCUCCAGCCACCCCCAUGGAGCUUGCCCUGGAUAGGCAGCCACCAGAGCUCCUCUGGGCAGAGCCUGGAGCCCAGGCCAUCCUGGCCCUGCUGCUGCUCCCCAGGUGGCUCCCCUAAAUCUGACCCAAGUCCCUCUCCACCAUAAGAAGCCCUCGAGAUCUGCCUCAUCACCGCCUCAAGCCUUCUGUUCCCGGCUCUCCACAGGACUCAACUUGAUGGGCCAGCCUCUCCCCGCCUCCAGCCUGCCGGGUCAUAUCUGGGGGCUGAUCCCCCCUGGCAGUAGGGAGGGUCCUUUUACAAGACCCUGGAGACUCAGAAGGGAGGGCCAAGGAGACAGAGCCAUGGACUUGACACUGUGAAUGUGGAGAGUGGGGGCCGCAGCCCCUCCGAAGUCCCAUCACCUCUGACCUCCCAGGAGGGUGUGUGUGUGAUAUCUUGUUCACCCCUCAUUUGACACACAGGGUGGCGAGGCCCAGAGAUAGGCAGUGACUUCCCCAAAGCCGCCCAGCUAUACAGAAGUUGAUAGGACACCCUCCUCUCUGAUGAAAGCCAGGCGCCCCUGGGACAUGUCUCUAAGCCCAAGCCCAGUGGACUUAAACUCAACCCACCCCCACCCCUGCUGCUGUCCGGACCCUUGUGGGGUUGGUAGAGUGAAGCUGCCCCCCUCUGGGCAUGUCAACAUGGCACUGGGGUCAGAGAAGGGGUUGGGUACCCCCAUGUGUUGGGGCCCUCAGCUCCGGCCCAGACCCUUGGCCACCCAGGCCAUCACCUUCCCCUAGGACCUGUCCUGGGGGGGCGUUAAGGACUAAGCACUCCCCCACCCCCUGCCCUACCUCCAUCCCUGCAACACACACACAC